CUCUGUAUUAAAAAUGUAUUUAGUUACUAUUUGUAGUACAUUUGUAGACCUAGUAUUUAAUAUGUAAACAGUAUGUUAAUGAAUAUAGUGUGGGACAGAACCGCUCGGAGACAGAAAACUUGAGAAACAGUGUUGAUAUGUGGGGUUGGUAUUCAAAAAACUACAAGCACUAAAACUAAUGCCUCCUUCGCGUGCUAUUGGAAAUUUGAUAAUUCUCAAUGAUGAGUUCAUUGCAUUCAAGUUUCGAAAUUUAGAUAAUUUACGAUAAUACCGAGAGCACGUGAAGGCAGCAUAAGUAUAGAUGCUUUUAAUAAAACAGGCUGGGAUUCACUAUAUGUAUUGGUAAAAAGUCUCCCUCUGCUGGUUGUAAAAUGUACAAAGCAUCCUCAUCAACCAUUUAACCAGAUGGUUAGAUGUUUUUAAUCUAAGCUGUUUUUAGCUGUAAAAGAGCUUAUAUAACAUAUAUGUAUCAUAUAUAUGAAUAAAGGUGUUACUGCUCUUUAAUCCUUUUUACAAAUACAAAUAUAAAAAAGUCAAACUUUUAUCUGGAAAUGAAAAUAUUAAAGUUUAAAUGGUACAUUUUCCUGCUGCUAUUAUGUUCAAUGUCCUGCAGAGAAUUGACACUUUAUUAGUUCCUGUGGGAAGAUGAGCUCUAUUUUUACAUGUUCAUUACUUUUUUAUGUUCAUUCUACUGCAUUUCUGUAAUUUGAAGGCUCUAGGUGGCAUCUAAUGUCUAAGUAGACAUUGAGCUUUCAGGGGAGAAUGUUCACUGAAUGGAUUCUCAACCUUUUGGUAGACAUUUAAUACACCACUAAUCAGAAGCUUUUAAAAUAAAGGCCCAGAACUGUGGUGGUGAUAAAUAUAAACUGUUUAGUGCUCGGUGGGAGAAAAAAAGUAGGUCUACAUUUUUGGCCAUGCAUAUUUUGAUGUCAUUUUGUAUGCUUAAAAUCGUUCAUAUAGUCUUUCCGUAAAAUAAAUAGUUGUUUAUAAUCUGUCUUAUGGGCCUCCUUAAAUUAACAGAAAUAAUAAAAUCAAAUUAUUAUAAUGAAAAACACGAAUUAGUCAUGUUUUUUUUUUUCUGAAUUUCCUGAAAAACGGCAUCAUUUUGCUGUCAACUUUUCUAUGAUGUUUCUGUAUUGUCAAUUGAAAGUACUUUGUCAUCAGUAUUAGUGAAAACUACUGCAAAAUAGUUUUGUAUUUUCAGCAGAUUCUCUUAAGCACUCUUUGGGCCUCUCUGAUUGGCUGCUGGUCUGACAGCUCUAUUGUUCCUCUCCGCUCUCCACCCAGCUCCUGUGCCCUCACAAAAAAUAACUGCCAAUAGCUCAUGGAAAUCUGCCUGCCUUGGCAUAAUUGAGCUUCACACUAUUCAGUCUGAUUAUAUUUUUUGGAAAAAAAAUAAAGUGUGUUUGUAGGUGCAAGAUGUACAGCUUUAUGGGAGGUGGAUUGUUUUGUGCAGGAGUAGGGAACAUACUCCUGGUGAUCUCCACUGCCACCGAUUACUGGAUGCAGUACCGCCAGUCCAGCAGUUUCACGCAUAUGGGCCUGUGGCGCUACUGUGUACCUGGAAAAUGCGUAUUGCACACAGACAGCAUUGCAUACUGGGAUGCCACCCGGGCCUUCAUGAUCCUGGCCGUCAUAGCUUGCUUCUUUGGCAUCAUUAUCGGUGUCAUGGCUUUCAUCAAUUACUCCUCCUUUAGCGGCUUCGACAAAACCUUUGCUGCGGGAAUUCUCUAUUUCAUUUCAUGCUUCUUUGUGCUGCUGGCCAUGGCUGUCUACACUGGCGUGACAGUCAACUACUAUGGAAAACGUUAUGGGAAAUGGCGGUUCUCUUGGUCAUACAUAAUGGGUUGGGUUUCUGUGGUGCUCACAUUCUUUUCAGGGAUCUUCUAUAUGUGUGCUUACCGGAUGCAAGAACCAAGAGGCCCAAUGUCACGCUGAUGCUUCUCAUCCUAGAUCUUUGAUCCCUUCAGUCUGAAUGUGAACCAUCAUGUCAUCCCUGAUCCCUUCAUUUUAGACCUGUCAUUUAUUGUUUAUUUUAAAAUCACAGAACACAAACUAAUAAAUGACUAAUACAAA